AUGUUUGCAAUACGGCCACAUAAGAAUAAUUCUGAUUCAUUUAAGGAGGAUUGCUCAGAAACUCCAAACUUUCUGCCGUGUCGGAUUCAUCAUGAUGGACCGGUCAACAUCUCGACCAGAUACUGGAAUCCGGUCGCUGAUGAGGAUAACCCUGACACUGCAACCGCAUACUUCCGAGGCAGAAGGCUUAGGGGGCGAAGAGUUCCAAUUCCGGAGGGAUAUGAAGGUAUUCUUAUGAGUCAAACAAAUGGAACAUCGGAAUCCGGAACCAAGAAGAAUGAUCAAAGCCACGACCUUGAUCAGAAUGAAAAUGAAGAUGAAGAGAGUGAGGGUGAUGGUGAGGAUUGGACAUCCUUCACGAUACUCGAUAAACAAGGUUCAUUCUCGGCCUUCAUGGUCUGGGACCAUGAAAAGUUGCCCGCUGCUGAUGACCCUUUCGUUAAAGGGGUUAAUACAUACAACACCGUCAGAUACAGCACAGCAAGAUAA